UAUAAUAUUUCAUAAAAAUAACAUAUCAUAAAAAAUAUUUAUGAAAUUAAUAGGAAGAUCAAGUUCCACCUGAAUAUAUAUAAUUAAAGCAUCAUGAGGGAAUAUUAUUUAUAAUUAUAAAGCAAAAAUAGUAUGUGUAGGUUGCUAGAUAGGAGGCAUCCUGUUUGAUAUGGCACAUCAAGGCAGACAGAUAACAAUUAACAAAAUUCAGUUUCCUUCAAACCAUCAUACCAUUAUUGGUUUUAAUCUGCUUUUCUUCAAUUCUCAAAUUUUAAUUAAUUGAUUAUGAUGGUUAUUCUAAUACUUGUCUUCACUUUGCUGGUACAUAAUUUUUUUCUUUAUUUGAACUGAAGAAGUAAUGAGUGCUUUGGACAAAUAAUCGAUAUCGGCGAUAUUUGGGAAGCAAAAUGUCCACCAGGUUGUUCAUGUGAAGUACAAAAAUUUGUUGAUUUACCUUUACACCGAUGGAUAAAAACAAAUCAAGAUCAGGUAUGAAAAUAUAGUUAUAUUUUUUUUUUGAAAUGUAAUAUUAUUUUAUUCUUAAUAGAACUUAAGUAACGAUGCUAAGUUUGAACUUGGAUUAAACAUUGAUCAUUCUAUGAUUCCCGAAUUUUUAAAAGUAGCAAUUUGCGUUAUUGCCGAAGAAUAUGAAGAACUUUUGGAUAAGCUUCCAUCAGAUAUUCAGGUGUUUACAAUUCUUCAAUCUGGCUUGGGUAACUUUGAGAUUCGUUUACAAUCUACAACAUUUCAACGUUUUACAGAUUUAAUAUCUUUAGAUAUUCAGGGCAUAGAUUAUAAUGAAUCUCUAAAAAAGAAUUUGACUGUGGAACAAGAGAAAUUAGGAGGAAUUAUUUUGUCUGUUGAUUCAUUAUAUCCAUUAGGAUUAAAUCUUCUUUACUUAAAUUUAGAACGAGUAAAAUUAACAAGUUUGAGUGCAACAAAAAGAAACAAAGCUAAUCUUGUAAUUAAACCAAUGAAUACUGUUACUAAUGACGAAAAUGAAAAUAAACAAUUAUUAAAUAAUAUUAGUCAAAGUAUAGGACAUAGAUUGAUAUUUUUAAGUCAACAAAACAAUGGAGAAAGUGAUGAUAAGGAAAUACUUCCAUAUGAUGUAUACAAACAAGAAAUGGAAGGUUACAAAGAAACUGUUGGACUUUUUACUGGUUUAGGAGCUUUAACACAUUUAAGAAUUUAUGAUUGUGAUUUAAAAGAUAUAUCGUGGCAUAUGUUUGAUGGUUUAAAUAGUCUUAUUCAUCUUUCAUUAGAGAAAAAUAGUUUAAAAUUCAUUCCAGAAUUUUGUUUUUAUGGUACUCCAAAUUUAAAAGUAUUAUCACUUGCAAAUAAUCAAUUGUUAACCCUUAAAAGUGUAGAUUUAGCUGGUUUAUUAAUGCUUGAAAAUCUUGACUUAAGAAGAAAUAAUCUAACUUUUUUGUCAGAGUUAUCUUUUCCUCCUUUUCCAAUGUUGAAAAUUGCAGACUUUCGAGAAAAUCCUUUGGAUUCUAUAUUUCCAAGUACUUUUGAAAUCAUGAAUACAACACUAAAUCUCUAUUUGGGAGGCGAAGAUUCGAAAUUAUAUCUACAAAAAAAUUCAUUUUUGGGAUUAUGUCAUCUUCAAACAUUAUACUUGUAUAAUUUAAAAAUACUAGUUUUGGAACGUUUUAUAUUUCAAGGAAUGCCCGAGCUAUUACAAUUAAAAGUACAAGGAAAUAUUUCAAGUAUCGAAUUUGACGCAUUUAUAGAUUUAAUCAAGUUAAUAGAUCUUAAUUUAAGUAACUGUCAUAUUCGUAAAAUAUCCAUGGACGCAUUUUAUGGUUUGCAAAAUGUUAAACGCAUAGAUUUAUCAAAUAAUGAAUUAGAAUUCAUUCCACCUGGUUUAUUUGGAGUAGAACAACAGAAACAACUUAGGGAAAUUAUUCUUUCACAAAAUAAACUAACUUCAUUACCUAUAGAUUUUUUUAAAAUGCUUCGGAUUCCAAGCAAACAACAAGUAGAUUUUGCAAUUGUAAGAUUAGAUGGCAAUCCAUGGAAUUGCACUUGUCUAAUGUUUACAUGGAAUCCUCACUUGGUAAAUAGAUUAAGAGAAACAGCACCAAGAUGUUCAACUCCUAAGAAGUUGAAAAAUUGGGGAGUUUUUCAUGCAUUACGUAAAGGUGGUUUGCAAUGCAGAACUUUUAAAAAAAAACAUUUAAAAAAGUCUUCAAUUGGAAAAUAUAAUUAUGAAGAUAAUAUUAUUAGUUAGCUAAUAUAAUUUUUUAAUUUGCAAUGAAUAUAUGUGUGUAUAAAAAAAAAACAAAAUUAGAAGUUUAAUUUGUUUUUAAACAAUUUUUAUAAGAUUGCUCUUUAAUAUAUCAUUUUUAGUUUUAUAUAUAAUAUGUGUAUAGCUAGAUAUAACAAUAGAAAUUCAGAAUAAAAAAGAAUUGCAAUUAACAAUUUCUAUUUUCGUAAUCUUUAUAUUUAAAUCAUUUAAAAAUAAAAUAGAAAAAUAAAUAA